UUCAUCUGUUCAAAGGGUGAGUGGAGUAAAUGUUGGACAACUACAAUGAGAAAAUUUGUAAYUGGAUUUAGGUUUGUUAACUUUUAUUUAACGUGCCCAGAGUUUACCUCAGGCCGCUCAGAGGAGACGUGAAGAACUGUUCUUUGUGAGCAGAUUUUUAUGGGCGGAGAAGCUGGGCUGAAACCUGGGCGUCGUCGGUCACAUGCAGAUAACCCGAGCAAGGAGAGUGGAUUCACCCGGACUGAUGACAGCAGAGUUCACUGUUUUCAUAAAACACUCCUCCAUCGUCAACAAUCCUCAAAACGGCCGCGGUCAGAAAGGGUCACGAUGGAGCCUAAACCCGCCCCGAGCGAGACGUUUUUCAUCGUGAUCCGUGGCAAGUCCAGGAAGGGUUUUUGCAGAGGCUGCAUCGGUCGCGUGGAGGCRGAGACGCCCUCCGGAGAGGUGAUGGGGCUCCUGUACGGAUGUGGCACCAACGCRGGCAGCCCCAAAAACGGAGGCCCGGUGAGGAAGGAGGACAUUUACCCUCUGAGCCGCCACCAGGCCCAGCUGCUGCUCUUCAUCUCCAGCACCAGCCGACGCCUGGAGGUGCUGUGCAACCCGCAGCUCUUCUCGGCCGUCUGCGAGCUGUCUCAGGACGACCUGGUGGUGGUCCGGCACAAGAAGGGACACGUCCCCGGACUGGUGAAGAACCUGAUGCAGAUUGGGAGGAAGGAGAGCAAAGAGGAUCUGCACAUGCUUGGCUUUGAGCUGGAAUUUGUGGACACCGACACCUUCCUGUCAGUGAAGCCUGCUGCUCCUCUGCCCAUUUUCAGCGCAGCAGACAUCGUCCAGGUGGUUCCGUCGUACUCCGUCCCGCUCGGACUGCAGUGGAGAGAYGGUAAAUAUGCAAGUACAGGUAGGAAAACCGUGUCACGCAUCAACUCCAUGCCCAGCAUUGGAAGAAGUGCGCAGCAAGCCCCAGAGGAGCGAACGGGGCCGAGCGAGGUUCAGAACCAGCAGCUGAGCUCGGCUCACGUGCCUCUGGAGGUGGGCUCCAUGGUGGAGGUCCUCUCCAACACGGGGGUCAGAGUGUACGGGGUCAUCCGCUGGUUGGGGGUCCCAGAGGGGAAGGCGGGUGAAUGGGCGGGGGUGGAACUGGACUUCGACGUGAGAGGCUGCUCUGAUGGGAAGUACGGAGAUCAGAGGUUUUUCACCUGCAAGGAAAAGAGGGCUUUGUUCGUCCCCGUCAGGAAGUGCAGCCCUGACAGCAGGUUUGUCAGCUGCUCCACGCCAAGUCCCCUCAGAGCCGCCGAAACACCUCCAGUUCCACCCUUUGAGAACCUGAGGGAGGAUGCACCCCCUGUUCCCGAAUCCACGGCGUUGUCGUUGUUUGUGGGGAAAAUGAAGGGAAUACAGGGUCACAAUAAUUCAUGCUACCUGGAUUCUACACUCUUCAGCCUGUUCAGUUCAUCUGUGACUGUGGAUGCCAUCUGCCACAAGCCUGCAGACCAGGAGCAGCCCAUCACCUGCACUCUGAGAGCGAUCAUCAACCGUUUACGCAGGCAGGGCUUUGUGCCAGCGGAGAGUGUGAUGAAUUUUCGCAAACAACUUGGCUGUGAAACCUUCAGCACACAUGAAAAAGACCCUGAGGAGUUUAUCACAGUCCUCUUUCAGAAGGUGCUCUGCAUCGAGCCUCUGCUGAAGCUCAGAUCAGAAGGAGGAACCUCUCAGGGAGCGUACACCCUCCAAAUCUUCCUGGAAAAAACACAAAUCCGACAGACGCCCACCGUCCAGCAGCUGCUCGACACGUCCUGUCUGUCGGGCGGCCUCAAAUUCGAAACCAUGCCCUCCUGUUUAAUCAUUCAGAUGCCCAGGUGUGGAAACAAGUACAAGAUGUUUUCUUACAUUAUUCCCUCCACUGAGCUGGACGUUACAGAUCUGCUGUACAACUCUCCCAGGGAAUGCUUCAUCUGUGGAUGUUUGGCAGAGUUUGAAUGUCUUCAGUGUUUACCAGACUCCAAACUGCAACCAGGAAGAAUCAAACAGUUCUGCAGUACCUGUAACACACAGGUGCACGCCAACCCAUCCCGGCGCAGCCACUCACCCAGUGCACUCGUAGUCCCAGCAGGUGUAGCUGCUGAUAGUCCUGUUCCCAGACACACAGUCCAGCUGUUUGCUGUGCUCUGCAUUAAAACCAGCCACUAUGUGUCCUUUGUCAAAUAUGGUCCUGAUCCACACUCCUGGUUCUUUUUUGACUGCAUGGCAGACAGAUUUGGUGACGAUCAGAACGGUUAYAACAUUCCUGAGGUCCAAGCUUGCCCUGAGGUCGGUGACUUCCUGUGUCAGCCAGAGGAGGAGUUGUCCCGGGCUAAUCCUCUUCAGGCUCCGGAGCUGGUUCAGAGGCUGCUGUGUGACUCCUACAUGUUUUUGUACCACAUGCCAGCCGUGUCACUUUUUCAAAGCCAAACAACGGAGAACACUAAACGUGUUUGAGGACAAGGACGCUGUGUUCCAUAACAGUGCCUUUUGACAACUUUACAUCUCGGGUUUAUCUACUUUUAUGCACUUUAAUGCAUCCAGACAGCAGGAACUGAAAUGGACGCCUGGAACUCCAGAGUAGGAAAAUAUAAAGUUAUGUUUAGAAAUCUGGGUUUGCAAUGGAGAGAAUUUCAGCACAAGGAAAAUAUAAUACUAAACUACUUUUAAUAGUCCUUUUGUUUUUUUGUUUGUUUGUUUUUUACCUUUAAUUGCUUACACUUGUUGCACUAAUUAUUUCUUCUAACCAUUUUGGUAAACUAAAGUUAAGUGCAAUAAAACAUGUAAACACA